CAGAGAUACACAAUCACGCCAACAUGGGUCAGGAAAGUUCACAUGAGGCUCAGCACCUGACGCUAGGUACGUGGAAUACUAAGCUGCCUAGAGCAGCUUAGCCACAACCUCGCGCAGACAUUCGCAAAAAAGAGCUAUACACCACUCGAGCUAUACUGCUUCAAUUCAGUAUUUCGGUCGCUGGCAGACACCCAAUCUGGGGUACAAUACUGGAGCGAAGGCACACUAUGCCGCUUUCUUGAGCUGCCAGAUGCGCUGGGCGUAGGGUCGAUCAUCUUCCAGAUGGCUAGCUACCUCGGUGCAUUCCCAUUUGCGAAUCAAGCGCCGGCUAUUCUUACGAACGAGGCGCUCCUAAAGGUCGUCACUAUCUUGACCGAAAGAUACGGGGCGGUACUCAAGAAGAGAGGACGCGAGAUCUGGUUGAGGGAGAUAUACAGGAGCUUGGCUGUAUAUGACAAUGGCAUCAAGUCGGAGACGGAAGAGCAAAAACACGAGAAAGAGGAGGUGGCCGAGAAGAUGGGCUUCGCCGUGGACGAAGCCAGGGACGAGGGAGAAGAGGACGAAGACGAGGAUGACGAGCUGGUGUUGGCAGCGCUCGAUUCAAUGGACUCGUUGGAGGUCUUCAAGCACGGCGAACAAAGCAAUGUACACCACUCGAUCAUCCCGACGGACAACUUCUUAAAGCUCAUUGAGCUACUAUUGCUCAUCGCGCCAAUUGAUGCACAGCAGAGCCUGUCAUCAUUAGCACCUGAGCUAUCAGAAGAACGCGUCCAGAAUCUGAGACGGACUGCAAAGGUUGUGCUAUCCUCAUUCGUCACCGACAAGCAUCCUGGCAUUACGUAUCGAACGUUCGAUACCGUCUUGUCCACAGCGUUACCAUACCUAUUUGACGGUCUAAACCCUCUGUUUGAGCAUUUCCUUUUUGCAAAGGACUUCAAUCUCUCGAAAAAGAAGUUGGAUUCAACGUCUCCUACGCAAGAAACACAUCCAGUGAUACCACCACCGAAGACAGUAAUUGAUCCCGAACCGAUCUUGCGCAGUCCGGGCGAGAUUCUCAAUCUUACCAAGCUGAGCCAGUUAUCGUUCUUCAUAAAAGGCAGCAACCUGUUCAGAUGUCUGCGUCCCCUCUAUAGCGGCAACACUCACGGCUUCUCCAUGGGCUCCUUCGAGAAACAGGUCUUCAACUGGCGUGCACCUACCAUCCUGCUGGUAUCCGGACGUCUUAUCCCCUCUUUACCCACCAGCACCCGCGAACGCGCCCUGCAAGAUAUGCUGCCACCAAAGAGGCAUUCAAAUAGCAUCUCCGACUCGAAUCAGACAAUUACCUACGGCGCCUACAUCCCCACACAAUGGAAACACACAGGCAAGACGUGCUUCGGCGACCCGUCCGCAAAGCUCUUUCAGCUCUCGCCCACGCAUGACGUCUUCUCCGCGAGCAAUUUCAGCAGCGAUUACGUCUAUUUCAACAAGUCGCCUACGCAUCCCGCGGGCGUUGGUUUUGGUACCCCGGUGCCGACACAGUCGCAGGCAAGCAGCCGCUCGUAUGGCGUGUUCCGGCCCGCGCCUGUCUCACUGCAUCUUGAUGAUGCACUGGAGUUCGGUGUCUUCACUCACCUUGCUGAAGGAGGUGGGAGCUUCUACCCGAGUAAGCUGCCCGGGAGGAAAUCAAAAGAUUGGCAGGACCGCUUCGAGAUCGACAGCAUUGAAGUAUGGGGGUGUGGGGGUGAUGACGUUGCCGAGGCACAGAGAAAGGAGUGGGCGUUCCAAGAGAGGGAGGCGGAGGCGAGAAGGAGGAUCAAUUUGGGUACUGGGGACAAGGAGCAGGACUAUGAGUUGCUGAAGCUGGCCGGGUUGGUGGGCAAUGAGAGCAGGAGUGGUGGAAGCAUGGGCUGAGAUGGUGUGAGACCUGUUCUCUAAUCAACAUGAGCGUAAGGAUCCACGAAUAUACUAUGACAUGAAGAC